UCUUUGGCCAUGAUGGUUCACUCGGACUUUUCGACUUUUCAGCUAGCUAGCAAACUGCAAUGUAAGAACCUCUAAUGAGUAGCUAGUCUAUCGCCAGAUCAACAAGACAACAUGUUAGGAAACUUACAGGGAACCAAGGGUGAACGUUUUUGCUUUAUUGCCUGUAUGCAAACUCCAAGGACACCACCUUCUCCUCUACUACCUGGCACUUUGGUGUGAGGCGAAGUAUGCAGUCUAAAGUUCACGUUUCACCCGCAGAGUUUUUCAGAAGACAGAGGGGAAACUGCUUCUAGCUUAGUCGGCAUCAGCAAUGUCCUCAAGACUUAUUAACUUGUCCUCCGUCUUAUAUCAAACUCUGAGUGUCACUGUUAGUUAGAGUGGGAACCACUUUGGCUCAGAAGAAAAACCUUACGUGCCUGCCUGUCUGAGCCUCACGUGAAGGCUUAACCCUUAACCCUGCAUCUCUACCAAGACCUAACAUUGUCCUACUGUCAUCUGUGAGGGCAGUUAUGUUUACUGUUGGUCAGGAUAUUUCAAGAACUUUUAGUCCAUCUACAGUGACCAACAGAAAGUUUACUCCAUUCCACUGGAGCUGACAUCUCAAAAGUCAUUCCUAUAGAAUAAAUACUCCUUAAGUGGGGAGGUUCCAGGAGGAACAGGAGGUCUAUUAGGGAAGAGAACCUUUCCUCCCCCUCAGGCUUAGGUCUUAUCUUGAUUGUUAUUCCUAUCCUGCCUAUUAAUCUCCACCCGAGACCUCUGCCGCUGAACGUGGCUCUUCAGAAACAAAACACACAUUCGUCGAGCUGUGCAAUGCCCACCAACCAGUCUUCCCCCUGGGAUGGGGCAAAGCUUCGGACCUGCUCCAGUGCAGAUAGUCUCACCACUACAGCCUCUGUCAAUACACGUGCCAAGACAGUGGUGGCCACUAAAGUGCCUUUUAGUCAUGCUUCACUACAGCUAUCCAGGAGAAGGGAUCCAGCCAAACUUUUCUCCUCCAAUGUUGCCUCAUCUGCUUGCCCCUUGAGGCAGACAACAGUGGUCCCGUCUGUGGUUUCUGUCCAGGAAAAUGGGGAUGGAAUAAACAAAGAGACCAAGAGCCAACUCACCGCUGUGCCAGAUGCGUCUCCAAACCUUCCAAAACAACUUAAUGGGAUUCAAAACCCAUACCAGGUACUGUCAACAGGAAGGAAGCAGGCUGGUAGCAGCCUCACAGAGACCACUGUCCCUUCCUCCAUUGCCAACCAGGAAUGCUCGAUCGGGUUUGAUGUCCAGCUGACGGGUAACAUGCAGAAAUCAGUGUCCCUACAACCAUCGCAACCUGAGAACGGUUUAGCAACGAGCAGACGUCAGGCUGCAACGGGUGAUGCACCGCAUGGAUUGGCGCCACUUUCGUUAGUUUGUCAUCAAGACCUGUUCAUUAAAGGACAGCCCACUCUGCAGCAAGCUAACACGCUAAUGCCUGAAGCUGCAAACUGUUCCUCCUUGCCAUCAGUGCCUCCUCUAUGCCUUACUCUGUGUGAACAUCAGGGGGCAGCACUAGGAAAGGAUGCUUCCAGCACUGCCAGCACAAAAGUAGAAAUAAGAAGCACAAGAAGAGAAACAACGACUACAAGGAGGAGCCAUUCUGCUAGAACAACAGAAUGCAGUCAGACACAACACGGCUGCACAACAAUAACUGCUUUAGACAAUCAGUUAAUAGUAAGAGGUGGUCCUCCAGCGGUGGUUGCAGCAACUGCAAACUGCAAGCCCCAGACAACAGCAUCGUUAGACCUAAAGCAGGCCCCAGAAAGUCAAUGUCCACCUGAAAGCACUUUGUCCCCACGCAGAAGAAUCAGUCCUCCAACAGCCAAUCCCUUUGUCAAUGGCCCCAUGCCAACUGUGCUCAGAGCCAAUGUCAGUGCCACUCAGGAAAAGCAGGCCACACCGCUGGAUGCCUUCACAGCUGUGGCCUCCAGUUCUGCAGGAGUCUUGGGCUCCGUGACCACUCAGAUCUCCGCCAUCCAGCUGACCAGGCAGGGGCAGCCCGCCUCCAUGUCCUCUUCAUCUUCAUUUGCUUCCUCGCCCUUGCCGACAGACAAUGGUCUGGUUGGAGAGACCGUCCUGUCUGGCCAGGAUUGUGUUAUGCAGGUGGAUGGAGCUGAGGAGGAGCUGCCUGAUGAGACGGAAAAUGCCUGUAGUUAUGACAAUGAUUCAGACUGUUCGUCCAUCACUGGCACCUCAUCGACCACAUCCAUUGCUCUCCUUUCUGGUGUUGAGGAGCCAAUGUCAUUGGGGGGGGAAGAUGAUCGAGAGGAGAAACCAGCUUUGGUUCCCAGUUUGUUCCCCCUCAUCCCCCCAACCCUCUACUUCAGCACCGCCAAUGAGAAAGUGGAACUGCUGCCAGCCGAACAAAGACGUCUGUUAAAAUGGAAGAUAAGCAGCGUCACUCCAAAUAUUGUCAAGCACACAAUUGGCAGAUCACACUUCAAAGUCACCAAAAAAAGCCAUGACUGGUUGGGCUGCUGGGGACACCACAUGAAGUCUCCUGCCUUCAAAGCCCUCGAAGAGCACCAGAAGUUGAACCACUUCCCGGGAACAUUUCAGAUUGGCAGAAAGGACCGGCUGUGGAGAAACUUGUCCAAGAUGCAGGUUCGCUUUGGCAAACAGGAGUUCAGCUUUUUCCCCCGCACCUUUGUCCUUCCUCAGGACAUCAAGCUGCUACGCAAGGCCUGGGAGGACGGUGGCUCCCGGCAGAAAUGGAUCAUCAAACCUCCUGCGUCAGCCAGAGGAAUAGGCAUCCAGGUCAUCCACAAAUGGAGCCAGAUGCCUCGCAAGAGACCGCUACUGGUCCAGAAGUACCUACACAAGCCCUACCUCAUCAGUGGAAACAAGUUUGACCUGCGAAUCUACGUCUAUGUAACCACCUACGACCCGCUCAGAAUUUACAUCUUCUCUGACGGACUGGUUAGAUUCGCCAGCUGCAAGUAUUCAUCUUCCAUGAAAACUCUGGGUAACAAGUUCAUGCAUCUGACCAACUACAGCGUCAACAAAAAAAACUCUGAAUACCAGUCCAACAGCGAUGACAAGGCCUGCCAGGGACACAAAUGGGCUUUGAAGGCCUUGUGGCAGUAUCUUGGUUCUAGGGGAGUCAACACCACUCUUAUCUGGGAGAAGAUUAAAGACAUUGUGAUAAAAACCGUCAUUGCGUCAGAACCAUACGUUAACAGUCUGCUGAAGAUGCACGUCCGGACGCCUUACAGCUGCCACGAGCUGUUUGGUUUUGACAUCAUGCUGGAUGAGAAGCUGAAACCCUGGAUCUUGGAGGUCAACAUAUCACCAAGCCUCCAUUCCAACACCGCGCUGGAUGUUUCAGUUAAGGGUCAGAUGAUUGCAGACCUCCUGAACCUGGCUGGCUUCCGUAUUCCCCAAAGAGAUGACGUGGUUGCCUCCUGCAGUAGCACCUCCAGCUCCACCAGCAGUCUGUGUGGCGGAAACAGGGAGAGGACCAAGCCAGAUCUGUCUGCUGAUGAGAAGGUCAAACGGGCAUUUUACCUCACACAACGCUACGCUGACCAGGACUUCCUCUCUACAGUGUUGGAUGUCUUGACUCCAGAAGACGUCCGCGUGCUAGCAGAGAGUGAAGACGAGCUGACUCGUCUUGGACAGUUUGAGCGGAUUUUCCCAUCGCCGUCAUCUUCCCGCUACCUUCGCUUCUUUGAGUGUCCGAGAUACCUCAACAUCCUGCUGGACCAGUGGGAGCAGAAGUACUGGACCAACAGGACAAAAGGAAUCAGUCUGCUGACAACUCUCUGUGAGAAAGGAAUCCAUCUGGAAACCAAUGACCCUGCUCACAAGUGGUCCAAGUGUAGCUUCAUCUCUAGGUUUGAACCCCAGAGACAUGACCUCGUCGGACCACCCAGAUCCAGAGUGGUGGUCACCCAACAGCACCACUCCCCUCCCGAUGAUGAUGCUGGUUCAGACGGGGAGGCUGCAUCGGUCUCUAGCCUGCCCUAUUCGCCAAGUCCUGGAUCUAGUGUGAGCAGCAGUACCUGUGCAAGCCCUCAGCCCAGCCUCACCCAAAGCCUGCUGGCUCAUCAGUUUGCUUCGCUCUGAGACUCGGUUUGCCAACACGGGGUCCAGAAACCUAGAACAAACAGCUAAGGGUCUAGGACUUAGGCCUCAGCUCUUCUCAAACAUCCUUUUGCUGAUCUAUCAUCUGUAGUAGCUCUGAAACGCAGCGUGAGAAAUGUAGUUAGAACUAUAAGCUUGAAGCCCAGUCUUACCAAACCCUGUAGAAAGGAGCGGACUUUGGUCUUUAACAGAAUUGUUAUUGGCUAUCAGAGGAAAUUCUACAGUUAUUUAUAUUACUGGGAUUUUGUGCAGAAAAUGGAGGAACGUUUUGAAUGUUUGCUAUUUCAGUGCUAAAAUCAAACGAUUCUCUAGACUUGAGGUAAACUUCCAUUACUUCAUAACACCAGGGAAAACUAAAACACUUCAAGGGCCAUAGAAACAUUUGUUUUAUCCCCAUUUACUAUUAAUAGUAAUAUGCCAACUUUAGUUCAAAUCUAUUCUGAGAAGCCAAUGAAUUUAAUCAAUUUCUGUGCAGUAUUAAAAUCACCUUGCAGAAACU